AUGUUGGCAAAUUGGUGCCCUCAGGAGAAAGUUCUUAGCCACCCUUCCAUUGGAGGGUUCUUAACUCAUUGCGGAUGGAAUUCGACUCUUGAGAGUAUUGGCAGUGGAGUACCAAUGAUUUGUUGGCCAUUUUUUGCCGAUCAACAGACUAACUGUUGGUUCAGCUGCACCAAAUGGGGGAUUGGCAUGGAAAUUGAUAGUGAUGUAAAGAGAGAUGAAGUGGAAAUUCUUGUAAAUGAAUUGAUGAUUGGAGAAAAAGGAAAAGAGAUGAAGAAAAGGGCCCUCGAGUGGAUGAAACUGGCUCAAGAUUCUGCUAAAAAUUCGGAAGGAUCAUCUUACAAGAAUCUGGAAAAUCUGAUACAUCAAGUUCUACUCUCUACGAAACUUCAGAUAAAUUAA